UCACAUCGUGCAUGUUAAAAUGAAUGUCAAAUGGAUUUUCAUUCACUCUUCUAAUGAUAUUAGAUGAAUAAGAAAGGGGAAAUCUAUCGUUGUCUAGAGGAUGUAUUCAAUUAUAAGGAGUUUAAAUCUAAAGUUCAAAAAGAUGCCGUGAAUGCAGUUAUUAAUGGCAAACAAGAUGUUUUUGUAUGUAUGCCAACUGGUGCAGGGAAAUCUUUGGUAUACCAACUACCAGCGGUAGUUUCUUGUGGAGUUACAAUUGUUGUUUCACCAUUACUAGCCCUAAUAAAAGAUCAAGUAGAGUCUCUUAAAGCACUUGGGGUAUGUGUGGCAACCUAUAACUCCAAUAUACAACUGAAUGAACGUUUGGAAAUAAAGUGUAAUCUUCUUAAGGACACUCCAUCAAUAAAACUUCUUUAUGUGACUCCAGAACUUCUUGAAACUCAUGAAUUUAACAGAGUGUUGCAUCAAAUAAAUGAAAAGGGCAAUUUAGCAUACUUUGCCAUAGAUGAGGCUCAUUGUGUCUCACAAUGGGGUCAUGAUUUUAGACCUGCUUAUGCUAAACUUGGCCUAGUGAGGGAAAAGUAUCCAGAGGUUGUAUGGAUAGCCUUGACGGCUACGGCAACGCCAAGGGUCCAGCAAGAUAUAUUGGAACUGUUACAUUUUAAGCAGCCAGUGGCUAAUUUUAGAAUAGGUGUUCACAGACAAAACUUAUUUUAUGAUGUUAGAUUUAAAGAACUUUUGGAUCAGCCCCUUGAGGAUUUGGUGGAUUACAUUAAAUCAGUUUUGAAGAUGGAGGGGCAUAAUAAACCAAGUGUCAUAAACGAUUGUGGUAUUAUUUACUGUCAUACAAAAGAGAAUUGCGAAAACAUGGCAAGCAAAUUAUCAGACAGUGGUAUAAAAACUAAAGCGUAUCAUGCAGGAUUGAACUCAGGGUUACGUCAAAGUAUCCAACAAGAAUGGAUGGAUGGAGUUAUAUCAGUCAUAGCAGCAACUGUUAGUUUUGGUAUGGGUGUAGAUAAAUCUUCCGUUAGGUUUGUUGUUCAUUGGAAAAUCCCGCAGUCGGUUGAAAGAUAUUAUCAAGAAAGUGGUCGUGCUGGGCGUGAUGGAAAAAAGUCAUAUUGUCGGCUGUAUUAUUCAAGAUAUGAAAGGGAGCAGAUACUCUUCCUGUUGCAAAAAGAUCUUAAAAAAGAAAAACGUGGAAAUAAGUCGCUGAAGGAAAAAAAUUCAAUACAAAGUUUUAAAGCUUUGGUUGAAUAUUGCGAAGAAGCGCGAUGUCGACAUGCGUUCAUUUCUAAAUACUUUGGAGAUAAAAAACCUGAGUGUAACAAAGGAUGUGAUUUCUGUCGUAAACCCAAGGAUGUGGAACUUAUGAUUGAACAAUUGCAUGAAGGAGUGAUAGCUAAUAAACGACGCAAUGGAUAUUCCAAGACAUACAUGUGUUCGGACUAUGGUGAAGGUAGUGAUGAUCAGUAUGGUGGAGGCAAGCGCGGGCCUGACACGAAGUAUGACCACGAUGAGGCGGGCGACCCAGAUUUUGAAGAAAAAUGUAAGAACAAUCGCGUUAAGAUUAUCGAAGAAGAGUUCAGAAAGAGAAAAGGGGUUGGAUCAAAGAAAGCCAUAGAUAAAAACGAUCUCGACAAUAUCCCAGGCCUGGCAUGCAAGCUUAAAAAUGCAUCGAAUUUAUCUCGUAUUCCAAAAUUGGCAGUCAAGGUUCGUGAAUUCUGCCUUCAACGGCUGGAGAAAGCGUUAGUAGCAAAUUGUGAGAAAAGUAACAGGACAACGUUUCGUGUUGAACAGUUGGCUGUAAACUUGGAGAAUGAAGUUUUCCUUGCGAACAGAAGUUCUCAGAUGUACAAAUUGAACAUUCAACAAAAGGUAAAGGAAAUCAACCAGUCGACAGAAAAUAACGAAAUAUUUUCAGUGGAAAGCGACAACUUCAAAAGCCCCGUGCUGGUUCACAACGAUAGUGAUAUUGAAGUUGCUCAAUUUGUUAAAGCAUCAGAGUUACUCCAGAAUACAUCAGAAGAUAUUGGCCCUAAAGAACCGGCAGAGACAAGGGGUAAAGAAGAAGCAAUUGAUAUUGAAGAAGGCUCACGGCCAGCAGAAAUUAUGAUCAAAGACGAAAACUCCGAGUCCGAGGAUAUCUUCACCAUCAAGGUAGGGAAGAUUGAACAAGAAAAUGAAGAUAUAGAGACUGAUUGUAAGAGCAUAGUCACGAUAAGUUGUUCAACGAUAAAGCCUCUGCAGGGAUCACCAAGUGGGGAUAGCCCAAAAUCUUCAGUGUUACAAACUCUUAAACGGCCAUCGAUUAGUAAAGAUGUUCAGAAGAUUAUCGCCAAAAGAGAAAAGCAUUCGCCUAAAUCAGAAUAUGAUAUACCAUCUCUUCCUCCGUUACCACCUCUUACCGAUUCCGUCAAAACUACGACAGCGAAACUGGACACUUCAGAUCCUGAACCUUGUUACAUACUUAAACCUAAACAACAGAGUGAAUCAUCAACUUCAUCGUCUGGAUUGCAGGAAAAGAAUGAAAUAUUUGUGCGGACCAUUAAACAAGAAACAUUUGAAUCCCAAGUCACUUCAUCCAGUGUUCAACUAACUUCCUCUUCUCAAUUGGCAAGCUCUUGUAGUUUUCAAUCACAAGUUAUACCAGAGACAUAUUUUCCAAUUCAAUCAAAACAACCUCAUUGUAUUAAUUCACUUAAUAGUGACGUGCUGCCUGGUGACAUUCAAGAUUCCCUCCCUGUAUUCUCCAAUGCAUGUGUGUCAACCACUGCCAACCAAGCAGCAACACAUCUGGUUACAUCGAGUGAUAAAUUUAAUUCAUCAAGUAUGCCGUCACCAUACGGA